UGUGUGAUAACUGUUCAGGUAAAAGUAUCGGUGAGGAUUCCCCACUACAACAAUUCGUUGAAACAUUUGGGUUUUGCUUCGGGAAAAAAUGUAAUCGCACGUGCACUUCUGUAAAACAAACACGACAGAUUGCGGCUUAAUGAAAUUUCGUAGAUAAUGUUGUUGAUAUCCUAUUUGCUUGUUACUAUUUUCUGAGAUUCGCUUUCUUGGUGAAAAAGAUGUGUAUAAGUGCGUGUCUAUGUGCCUGUAAGUUCCGGUAAAUUUAAAUAUGGACAUGCACAUCCAACUGUUUUCAGGGCCAGAUCAAAUAAAACCCGCUGAAAAUUACACAACAUGCGACCCAGCGGGAUGUGUUCAGUUGCGCAUUCCAGAUUCCGGGAAAGCCUUAGAAACCAUACCACCAAAAUCAGUACCAUCAUUUAUUAAACGCAUUGUGGAUGAGUUUCCAAACCAUCCUGCUUUAGGCAGGAAAAUUAAUGGAAAGUGGGAAACAAUUACCUACACGCAAUAUUUAAACUACAUCAAAACAUGUGCGAAAGCUUUCAUUCAAGUGGGUCUGGAGCCGCGACAUUCGGUCUGUAUAAUCGGGUUCAAUAGUAUUGAAUGGUUUGUAGCUGAUUUGGCCGCUAUUUUCGCUGGAGGUAUCGCGGUUGGAAUUUAUACGACAAAUUCACCGGAAGCAUGUCAACACUGCGCCGAAGUAAGCAGGGCCAAUAUUAUCGUGGUGGAAGAUGAUCAACAACUGCAAAAAAUACUUAGUAUAAAAGCCAACUUGCCAAAAUUAAAAACAAUUGUACAAUAUACGGGCGAACCAAAACAUCACGGAGUUUUAAGCUGGGACAAGUUGAUGGAAAUCGGCAAAGCUCGAUCGGACGAUUUACUGAACGAGAGAUUGAGUAAUAUUGCUUCAAAUGAGUGUUGUACACUCGUUUUUACUAGCGGCACCGUGGGUAAUCCAAAAGCUGUAAUGCUAAGUCACGAUAAUUUGACAUGGGACGCGAUGGCAAUAGCGGAAAGAAUUCGACCCGGUAGAGGGUGUGAAAGCUUAAUAAGUUAUCUCCCUUUGAGUCACGUUGCAGCGCAAGUGGUGGACAUUUAUCUAGUAGUAUAUAUGGGUGGGACCACUUAUUUCGCUGAUAAAAAUGCACUCAAAGGAAGCCUAAUCAAUACGCUGCAAGAAGUGCAACCCACAAAGUUUUUGGGAGUUCCGAGGGUCUACGAAAAAAUUUACGAGAAAAUGCAGGAAGUUGCGGCCCAGAAUGGAUUCAUUAAAAAAACUAUAGCAACGUGGGCCAAGCAGCAGACGUUGCGGCAUCAUUUAGCGUUGAUCAGCGGAGAAAAUUCAAAAUCGUGGAGCUACUCUAUAGCAAGUUCGUUGAUCUUCAAGAAAGUUAAACAAGCGCUGGGCCUGAGCAGAUGCACUUAUUUCUGUUCAGCGGCCGCUCCGUUAGCGACUGACAUUAAAAAAUAUUUUCUGAGCAUCGACAUGCCAAUUAUGGAGUGUUUCGGCAUGUCCGAAGCUAGUGGUGCCCAUACUAUUGCCAUUGAAUCAGCUACCAACUUAAAUACUAUUGGUAUGACCAUUCCCGGAAUGAAAACGAAAAUAUUCAACCCAGAUGAAGAAGGUCAAGGUGAACUUUUGAUGAUGGGAAGACACGUUUUUAUGGGGUACCUGAACGAUAUUGAGAAAACCAACGAAGUUAUCGAUGAGGAGGGAUGGCUGCACACCGGCGAUUUAGGAAAAGUAGACGAAAAAGGAUUCGUAUACAUUACGGGACGACUUAAGGAAAUCAUUAUCACAUCUGGCGGGGAAAAUGUACCUCCCGUACCCAUAGAGCAGCAUGUGAAAAAAGAACUACCUGCACUGAGCAACGUAUUUUUAGUAGGCGAUAAGCGAAAGUUUCUUUCGUUGCUAGUAACUCUAAAAACCGAAGUCGAUUCAGAAACUGGAGCUCCAAAUGAUUCACUUAUUCAUUCCGUACAAAGCUGGCUUCAAGGUUUGGGUGUCGCUGCUAAAACGGUAACUGAAGUUCUGGAAACUGGUCCUGAUCAGCGAAUUCUGGACGCACUUCAAGCAGGUAUCGACAGAGUGAAUAAAAAAGCAACUUCUAAUGCACAAAGAAUACAAAAGGUUGCGAUAUUACCUGCUGACUUUUCUUUGGCUACUGGAGAAUUGGGUCCGACAAUGAAAGUGAAGCGAAGGGUAGUUGAACAAAAAUACAAGGAAAUAAUUGAUAAAAUGUAUGCAGCUUAGCAACAUAAAACAGUGAUUUUGUCUAAAUAAUGAUCUGGUGGUGUACUUUAAAUAAAACAA